GUUAGGUAAAAGUAGUAGGCAGUUCGGAAAGUGCAGCGAGAAGAGAUGCAACAUUGCAUUUGUUUAAAAAUAUAUAUAUUAAUAUAUAUUGUUUGUAGUUUUUCUUUUAAUAGAUAUUAUUUUCUAUAGCCGAUCUGGGUUCGUGGUAAUUACCUUAGCGAGUCAUAGGUUGAGAUGAUGAAAUUCGUGUAUUUCAUUCGCGUUCGAGUCAAGUUUUCGUCGCGAAACUGCUUUUGAAAAAAAGUAGCUAGCUGUUAGCUCGCAAGCUGAUUUGUACUGUCGUUUGGGAUGGGUAGUUGACUGCACUCAGCAAGAUGCGUUGCAAACUACAUUUGUUAUGAAUAUAUCUGGCUCAGUUUUCAUUUUAUCCUUCUGUCAAGUUGACGAAUGUGUCAGCUCUAGCAAAUUAACGUUGCUUCCGUGACGUUGUAAUGAGUUAAUCUUAGCCUGUUCGAGUUAUAAUCAAUCCAUAUUUAUUACAGAUUCAAUGGCGCUUCACUAUUUAUGUGCAAAAUCUGCAACCUGUUCUCUCCCAGUCAAGAAAGGCUGCUCACGCAUGUCUCCGAGAACCACACCAUUGAGGGUGUCACUCCUGACAACAUCAUCAUCCCACUCAGACCUUUAUCAACCACAGUCCAACCAGAGAAUGGCGGAGACUUUACAGUCAAGAGGAAACGGGGCAGGCCUAAGGGCUCUACCAAAAAGGUUCGCACUGAGGAUGCUGUGCCGGACACGCCCCCCAAUGAAAAGCCUAGUGAGGGGCCUGAGGACCAGGCUCAGGCCACAGAGGAGCCGCAGGAUGAAAGCAGUGACUCACUGGACUGCAAGAAAUGCAAGCGCAAGUUCUGCAAUAGACGCCAGAUUAUGAAGCAUAUCUGCUUCAUCACGCUCGGAGAAGAGGGCGACGAAGAGGAAGACAAUGACCCUGCGCGUGAUGGUAAACUGGCAGCACAUGGCAGGGAGGAGGGCAGGGAGAGGAAUGCGAAGAGAGCACGAGCCCUGCGCUCUGAAAAGAUCUCUGGCAUUAAAGACAUGGAACACGGGGGCGGCGCUAAAAAUCCCAUAAUCAGCGUGGUAUUGACAGCCCAUGAGGCCAUUCCAGGUGCCACGAAGAUUGUUCCUAUUGAGGCCUUCCCUGCAGACCCCACUCCCUCCACAGAACCUGACUCCAGUGACCCAGCUGCAGGGAUCAAAAGGGGCUACCAGGAAUAUGCCAUCCAACAAGCUGCUUAUGAAAUGCCACUGAAGUCAAACAGGUUGGGCCAGACGCAGCUGAAGAUCUUCACCUGCGAGUACUGCAACAAACUCUUCAAGUUCAAGCACUCCCUGCACGCCCACCUAAGGAUCCACACCAACGAGAAGCCCUACAAGUGCCACCAGUGUGAAUAUGCCAGCGCAAUCAAGGCCAACCUCAUCGUGCACAUGCGCAAGCACACGGGCGAGAAGUUCAGCUGCGAGCACUGCUCCUUCAACUCUCUCAGCAGAGGGCACCUGAGGGUGCACGUGGAGCGCGUCCACAAGAAGAUCAAGCAGCACUGCCGCUUCUGCAAGAAGAAGUACUCCGACGUCAAGAGCCUGCUGAAGCACAUGCGGGAGAGCCACGAAAUGGAGGACAAGAAGGUCAGGGACACCUACGAAGAGCUCAACCUCCAGACCCGGGAGGGCAAGAGGCAGCUGCUCUUCGACUGCCCUGUCUGCGACCGCAAGUUCAAGAACGAGCUGGAGCGCGACCGCCACAUGGUGGUGCAUGGCGGCGAGCGGCCGUUUGGCUGCGAGCUCUGCGAUCACGGCUCCGCAAAGUUCCAGGCUCUGCAGGUGCACAUACGCAAGCACCCCUUUGUGUACGUCUGCGCCUUCUGCCUGCAGGAAGUGGUCAGCUCCAUCCGGCUGAAGGCACACCUCCGGGCAGCCCAUCCAGAGGUGGAGGAGGCGGCUGCAUUCGCCAAAUCCAUCAACCACAGUUUCUGUCUGCUGGAGCCGGGUGGGGACCUCCAGCGGGACACGCUGAAGCAGGAGGAGUUACAGAUGACAGAAGAGCUGUCCCUCCUGAACAUGAAGGCGGAGUGCGAGGACGACUUGGGCUCAUCUGGGGAAGUGGCCUUAGACCAGGGCUCCAGCAGCUUGGCAGUGGAGGCACAGCUGCUGGAACAGGACGCCAUGUUCACUGACACGAUUGAAGGGCUCCCUCAAGAAGUGUGCGUCCCUCCAGCCGGCGAAGCCCACACAACUGAGGAGACUCUGAUCCAGGACAAAACCCCUGAGGCCAACAAUGAGAGGCUGUCACAGGAUGGAGGAGACCCUCAGACUGAGAGUGACCCUGCCAUGGUCUUGCAGCCCAUUGAAGAACCUCCUGAGGUGCCUCUGGAGAAGAGUCCCCUGACUAACCCAGAGGAAUCGUCAUGCAAUCAGCUCCUAGAGACUGAGAAAGACACCAGCUCCUCAUCCCCCUCCCACCUGAGCGAGAACAUGAGGCUGGUGAUGACAGCCGAGCCGCAGCCCAGUGGUGAUCCUGGAGAGAAUGGCGGCACGGCCUUAGUUCCCUCAGAGGGAAGGACAGCGUUCAGGCAGAUCAUAGACAGCAUGCAGAAACGGCAGCUCAACAUGGAAGUCUUCGAAAGGAUAAGGAAAGUCUACGGAGAUCUCGAGUGUGAAUACUGCGGUAAACUUUUCUGGUAUCAGGUGCACUACGACAUGCACGUGCGCACGCAUACACGAGAGCACCUACACUACUGCUCCCAGUGCAGCUAUUCGUCCAUCACAAAGAACUGCCUGAAGCGGCACGUGAUCCAGAAACACAGUGACAUCCUGCUGAAGUGUCCCUGUGAGGGAUGUGAGUACUGCACGCCUGAUAAGUACAAGCUGAAGACCCACCUCAGGAUCCACUCUGAAGUAGACAAGAGAAUGUAUGACUGUCCUGUGUGCGACGAGUCAUUUUCUGAGGACAAACUCAUUAAAUUCCAUAUCAAGAUCUUCCAUCCAGAUUUGUCCAUGGACACCAUCUCAGAGGUCCUGGGGAGACGGGCGCAGCUGAAGGGACUGAUCGGGAAGCGAGCGACAAAGUGCCCUUACUGUGACUGCUACUUCCUGAGGAACAGCACAGAGCUGAAGCAGCAUGUAUGGGCUCAUGAGGGAGUGAAGCCCUACAAGUGUUCACUGUGUGAGUAUGCUACUCGCAGUAAGAGCAACCUAAAGGUCCACAUGAACCGGCACAACUCUGAGAAGACCCACCUCUGUGAUCUCUGCGGCAAGAAGUUAAAGUCCAAGUGCAGUCUGAAGAGCCACAAACUGAUACACACGGCCGAUGGCAGGCAGUUUAAAUGCACUAAGUGUGACUUCACAGCAGCUCAGAAACCCCAGCUGGUGCGGCACAUGGAACAACAUGCCUCCUUCAAGCCUAUCCGUUGUGGACACUGUCUCUACUCCUGCAACAUGACCUGCUCUCUGAAGAGGCACUACAACAGGAAGCACCCCAAUGAACAGUUGUGUAACGCUGGGCCCGGGCCACCUGCUGCAGUGGCCGUCCAACAGCAAGGUGGUGUAAAAUGUCCAGUGUGCAACAAUGUGUAUGGCACCAAGUGGGAGAUGAACAGACACCUCAAGAACAAGCAUGGCCUCAAACUGGUGGAAAACGAUAGCAUCGGGAUCAACCAGUGGGAGAUGAUGGAAUCGUUAGAGGAGCCCUCAACCCAGUACCUCCACAUCACAGAGACGAAGGACCUGCAGGGCACUGAGGCUGCAGUAUCUGCCCUCCAGGACUUACGAUACAACACAGAAAAUGGUGUGGUGUCCACCGCCUCAGGGGAAAGACUGGAUCCUGCCGCAGCGGUCAAUAUUCUCCAGCAGAUCAUUGAACUUGGAUCAGAGAAUCGUGAUGCCACCGUUGCCUCAGUGGUUGCCAUGGCUCCUGGCACAGUGACCGUAGUGGAACAGGUGGCAGAAGAGGAGCAGCAGGCCAACCACACAGUGAUGAUCCAGGACGCCUUUCAGCAGGCCUCCAUGGGGCUGGGGGAGGAGCACCACCUCGUCGUGUCCUCUGACGAUGUGGAAGGCAUCGAGACGGUCACAGUGUACACUCAGGGUGAGGACGCCUCGCAGUUCAUUGUCUACGUCCAGGAAGCAGUGCAAGCGGAAGAGCAGACAGUGGAGACCGUCUAAACUGUCCAACCGCUAACACGAAACGGAAGAACCAGAUUGACUUGAAUUGGGCUGGCAUCACAACCUCCGCUCUUCCCAAUCACAUACUGCAGCUGUGGUACGUGGUCAAAAUAAGAGCACAGUUUGUGUUAUUAUCAUGUGUUCAUAUUGAAACAAUGGUAGGUAGGUCCUCUGUCAAAUGAAGGUUGCCAGUUUUACAAUUUCUGCAUCUACAUCGCGCCAAUAUGACUGAAACUGACAUCCAUGUCAGGUUGUAGAUAUUCACACACAAAUUAAAAGGACUUGAUUUGAAAUGUGUCAUUUCCUUGUUUGGCUUUUAUAAAGGGCUUAAUUCUUGAAAAAAUCACAAUGUAUUUUAUACUUUUUAAUAAACGUGAUCACAGUGAGAUUUUUUUGUUACACUGUAAGCCAUGAUAAAGUAUUUUUGGAAUUUGUUACCUUUCAAGUAACAACCUUGAUAUUGUUGAAAUCCUGAGAUAAUUAUCGUCACACACAGUGUGACACCCCUGGAAGGGAAGGCAAUUCCAGGUUUUCACAACAAUUUGUCAAAUAGAGUCCAUUCCACACCCACAUAGACAUGAAAUCAAAUAAAUGAAAAUCUUCACCUGUCCGCCUCACGGGUUCUGGGCAAUGUACAACACAGUGAAAGCUUUUCAGCUUUCAGUUGUCUCAGCUGGCCAACUUUUCAGCUACCUCAGCUGUUACGUCCACUUUGACUGUCCCGAGCGUGUGUGGUGGUGCAGGCCGGAGCACACGUUUUAAACACCUGGGCUGAUUUAUGAACACAAUCCAGGUGCAUGUGCUCUCUGCACCAGUAUACAUGGCAGAGACUACUCCAACUCUCUCGCUGGAUCGGAUGCCACAACUAUCUUAUGAUUUUUAGAUAACAAACACCAGAAUAUUUUACCAUGGCCCCAAGAAGUAAUUGUAUUUAUUUGUACAGGGUUAGAAAAAACAUCUAUAUACUUUUAUCUGUAUAAAUAUUUAUACAUAUCAUA